AUGGCGAAUUUGGUACAGAAUUCGGGCAAGGCACAGGACCAGAUAUCUAGCUUUGCUAAAAAAUGCAAUCUUUUGAGCCAGUACUUGAAGGAGAGAGGGAGUUUUGGAGACAUCAGCCUUGGAAUAAAUGGAAAGGCGCCUGAAGUUACAGGUCCUGAAACUUCUGGUUCACCAGCAACAACAUUGAAUCUAUUCACCAACGCGGAAAAUUCAUCUGAUCCCAUCACUUCAAGACAGAAAGCUUUGGAAUCUGCAAACAUGGCGAAAUCCGUGGAUUUAUUUCCUCAGUUUGUGGGUUUUGGUCCUUCGAAUUCUACUGAAGGCGCCAUUAACAAGGCUGAUGAUCACUUGAGGUAA